UGCGUCUAUCUUACUACAAGAUGUCUGUGAAAGCGGUCGUGUUACUGUUGUUAGCUUGUUUUAUUGUCAGUAUUUAUACCCGUGGAAAUGAAUUAAAUAAUUUGUUAUUUAAUGGUGAUUAUGAGUUCAUUGAUUUAACUCAUCCGUUUGACAAUAAUACCGUCUAUUGGCCAAAUAGUCAGCAAUUCAUUUUUAUAAAGAAAACUGAAGACUUGGGUAACGAUGAUUCAUGGUAUGCUGCAAACGAUUUUGCAGCCGGAGAGCACGGAGGCACACAUAUUGAUGCACCAUACCAUUUCUACAAAGACGGUCUACACGUUGAAGAAUUACCAUUAGACAAACUUAUAGUACCAUUAAUAGUAGCAGACGUUAGCUCGAAGGUUAAUGGUGAUCCAAAUUUUGUACUUCAUAAAGGAGACUUGGAUUUUAUGAUAAAUGACAAUAUGGGAAAGCCCUGUGUUAUUAUAUUUAAGUUCGGAUGGAGCAAAUAUUUCAACGAUAGGAAAAAAUAUUUAGGUCAUGUAGACAACAGCGAUAAAUUGAACUUUCCUGGUCUAAGUGGUGAAGUAGCUGAAUGGAUAACAUCUGCUUAUAAAAAUAUUGUGGGCAUCGGCGUGGACGUGGCUUCAAUCGAUCCUGGCUCUAGUAAAGAUUUUCCUGUUCAUAAAACAACUUCACGAAAUGGGCUUUACGUUAUAGAAAAUGUUAAUUUCAGCAGGGAUAUUCCAGAUAACGGAUGCACAGCAUUGGUAUUGCCGAUGAAAAUAAAGUCUGGUACUGGAGCACCGCUACGUUUAGUAGCCAUAUGCCCUAAGCAGAGGAAAUAGUAGUUAAUAUGAUAUUUAAGUUCUUAAUCUAUUAUUAUUUUUACUUGAUCGGUUGAAUAUUAUUUAAGUUUCAGUUUUAUAGUGUAUAAAGCUGGUCACAUAUCGUGAUUCAUUUUUGAAGUAAUGUAAAUU